GUUGCCCAGACCUUCCUGUUUGUCUUUCUCAAGUCAGCAGAAUAUUCUGUCCUCACCAUCAUCUCCUAUGACCGCUACGUUGCCAUCUGCAAGCCCCUGCACUACGGGACCUUGAUGGACAGCAGAGCUUGUGCCACCAUGGCAGCAGCUGCCUGGGGCACUGGGGUUCUCUAUUCCCUGCUGCACACUGCCAAUACAUUUUCCCUGCCUCUCUGCCAAGGCAAUGCCAUCAAUCAGUUCUUUUGUGAAAUCCCCCAGAUCCUCAAGCUCUCCUGCUCACAGUCCUAUCUCAAAGAAAUUUGGCUUCUUGUGGUCAGUGCUGCUUUAGCAUUUGGGUGCUUUGCUUUCAUUCUUUUCUCCUAUGUGCAGAUCUACAGGGCUGUGCGGAAGAUGCCCUCUGAGCAGGGACGGCACAAAGCUUUCUCCACGUGCCUCCCUCACCUGGCCGUGGUCUCCCUCUUUGUCAGCACAGGCAUGGUUGCCUACCUGAAGCUCCCCUCCAUCUCCUCCCCAUCCCUGGACCUGGUGCUGUCAUUUCUAUGCUCGGUGUUGCCUCCAGCAGUGAACCCCCUCAUUUACAGCUUGAGGAACCUGGAGCUCAAGGAUGCCCUCAGGAAAAUACUCCAAUAUACUUUGUUUCUCCAUCAAAACUAUUUUCAUCACUCUCUCAAGACUACAAAAACUUAGGAAAAGCCAGAUUGACUUAAUUGAUGUUUCCACUUUUUCUUCA